AUGACCUCGGGACCUCAUCUUAACCCACCCAAUUAUGUAAAAGAGAGUUUCAUCAAUGGCUUCUCUUCCCACUGCCUUCUGCCCUCAAGUUGCCUGAGUGAUAGGGAAGAGGACGAAAUUUACGGGUUCACCGGGUACCAAGUCUACGGAAAAACAGGACAACGACCACAAGACGCUGCGCGGCCCUCCCCUACGCACCAACCCUACCAAAUAAACAAGCACAACUACCAAAACUGGCUCAGUCCGAGAUCAGCCUAUUUCUACGAGUUUCCGCCUUCAGAGCGGCCAGGGAAGAAGAGGACAAGUUUGAUAAGGCUGUUGAGGCAUCUGAAGACGAAUCGGAAGGACAAGCACGCUUCCAACCGGUCCAAUCACAGGGUCGCGACCCCCGAAGACGGCCAGUCGACGACUCCUCUACCUCAGGACUACGACAAAAUGAGGUUACUCCAAAAAGCUUCCAGAGUCGCAGCCAACACGUUCGAAGAGACAAUACACAGGCUUAAAGUGCAAGAAGCGAUGAAGAAGAAGGAGAAAAUCGAUCGAGAACACGAAGAGUUUUUGCGAGAUAUCAGAGCGGGUGUACUCGUCGGGGCUGGGCGUGGAGAUGACACGUACAUGUAUGAUGAAGACAUGGCUCGUCUGGGUCAUCACUGGUACGAUGAGCCACCAUACGAAAGUGACCCUGAGGAUUUUUUAAUGGGCGACAACCCGGCUCUUCAUAAUUCAAGGCUUUGCUUCACCAUGGGUACACGAGGCGACCAGCUCGGAGCUGAAAGUGAAGUCAUUUCUCUCAGGUCGGCGGGAGACAUCUCAUUGCCUCCACAGAGGGCCCUUCUAGUUACAAGACCGUCUUCCAGGAGCAGGGGACACAACAGGGAAAGCGGCGAUUAUGCUACUUCGGACGUCAACAGUAUAUGUUCAAGAUUAUCUUCACUCUCGAUGGAAACAAGUCGUUCGGAGCACCUUGAGAUGGACAUAUAUCACCGACUAAGAUCUUACAAUGGAAUCGACCCUCCAAUAUCACCUGCGCACAGCUCAGACUAUGCAGACCAUGAAGAGCUUGUUACUUUGCAGCCUAGUUGUUCAGGAUCUGCGACGACUCAGAGGUUGAGAAGCCUGAAAAGCGACCCGGCCUCGAGUGGGAAAAGUCUGGGUAGGAGGCAUCACCACCACCACCACCAUCAUCAUCACCAUGUUCACCACAGGCAUAAAACCCACCAUCAUUCUUCUGCUGAAAGUCUUCCCAGUGCAUCAAGUACGCAAGCGUUAGUUAGUAAUAUGGAAGAUUACAGUCCUCAAGGUCAAAUGGUUCCUCUCGCACGAGCUUUAGUCGAUUCUAAUCCAAGCCCAUAUGAUAAAGAAGCGCUUAGAUUUAAGAAAGGAGAUAUAAUUGAAGUCAUCAGCAUGAGCGGCUGUGGCUUGUGGAGAGGUCGGGUGCACAACAGAAUCGGUCACUUCAAGUUCACGAAUGUCGAGCUUCUCAACGAUCCACAGGAUGAAGCGGGAAGUAGCGCGUGCGGAGGGCACAGUACAAAAAGACAUCCACCUCCACAAGGGGUCACCAAUCGGCCCCACACUCUUGAACAAAUGCUUCAAGCCAUACAUAUGGAGGAACACAUGUCUCUAUUCGUUUUAAAUGGAUAUGAAGAUCUUGAGUCUUUCUGCGAGAUCAAAGAAGAAGAUCUGGAUUAUCUAGGUCUUACGGAUCCCGAACAUCGAGCCAAGAUUCUUGCGGCAGUCCAAGUGCUACAGGAAUUCGAGCAAGUCGAAGAGGAAUGGAACGGGAGUGAAUCUGGCUCGGUGAACCAGCAGACCAAGGAGGCGAAUAAUCUCAGCCAGCAAAAUUCAUUGAACACACACCAAACAAUUGGUGAGAAAGGUUCAUCCGAUGCGACAUUCCUGCCGAACAUUCCUGUUUCUUCGUCAGUACCACCGCCGAUGCCAGCGCCCGAUUGUAACCCCGGGCUCAUUCAAGGGUCGUCGUCGAAAGGCGGCUCCGAGAAGUCCAGCGACUCGGGCGUGAGCAGUUCUUCUGCGUCGAGCAGUCGGCUCGGAGGGAACGGCGGCACUCGUAGCAAUACAAGGGGCCGCCCGCCGCCGCCGCCCAAGCCUUCGCCGAGCUACGUCAACCAGCUCCCGCAAACAACAACCCCUGACUAACUCCUUGCCGAUAACUUUUGAACGAGAUUUGAAACACCAAAUUCAACAUCGACUGAAUUUUAGAAUUAAUAGACAAUACGAUUAAAGAAGUGUUUUUCAUUUUUUUCAUUUUAGGGGUUUCAACGUUGUUAUAGAUAAAAUUGUUCAUAUUCUAAUCUUACAUGUGGUCAAUGGAAUUUAUUAGGCCAAAUUAGAUUAGACGCUUUCAGUGAUACCCUUAUCAUCUUAGAAGAAAGAAAUUAAAACAGUGGUACACAUUUAUGCCGAUUAAUCAGAGUUUUCUAAAUGACUAUCACAGUUAAAAAGUGAAACGAGGAUAUAAUUACUUCUUCAUUUUUGUUUUGGUUUUUGACAGCAUUGCUGAAAAGUGUUUUUAAUGCCAAAAAAUUUGUUUUUGUUUUUUUGUUCAAAAUGCUGAACCCAAUGCUACAGACGUGUAUUAAGAAAAAAAGCUGAUUUUCCUCAGAUUUAUAUUUAUUAUUUUUUAAAAACAUACUCAGUAUCAUGUCCGAGCGGUUGAAACUCAUGAGGAAGAAGAGUGAAUUUCUUCGUUUAGAUUAAUUAUUUAAAUAGGAAUUUAAUACUGUAAUUUAUUUGUGUAUUUUAAGAUGGAUUUAUUUUUUUAUUAUGAAACAGAAGAUUGGAAAAAUGGAAAGCCAAAAGAAAGGAUGGGGGCGUUGAAACAAACAACUUACGUAGUUAAAGUCAAUUACCCUGUUUCAAUUUCAUACUAACAACUUUCCAUAUCAUUUAGUAGGUACAAUUUUGUAUUUCAUAAAAGAAAAUUAUGUAUCAAUAUAUGGAAAAUGUUUAUAAAAAAUUUUUGACGAUGUUAUUGUUACUUAGUUAGGUAGCGGAAAUGUUCUUAUAUUAACAGAAUGUUAUUUUUCUUAGAUCCAUUUUUCGCCAAAAGUUUAAACAUUAACGAUUUUAUAUAUAAAAAAAAGGGUUGCAUUGCAUUUAAUUUUUUUUUUAUUACGCAUUUAAAACUAAAUAGACCAAAUCAAUUAGAUUGUUUUCCCCAAUAUAGAAGUUGUCAUACAUAUCUAAAUUUGGAAGUUAGAAAGUUAUUUAUUAAUUAUUUAUAGCAUGAGUAAACAAAAGAAACCCUUUUUUAAAUAGCUAGUCGAUAUUAGUUUUGAAGGUGUGUAGAAGCUAUUAAAUUUAAAUUCAUGUACAUGUGUAUAUAUUGUAAUAAUACAAGGUUUGUACGUACCAACGAAUACAAGACAAUUGAAAACCA